GUAAACUUUCACGAAACUGCGGCAAACACCGAGAGCAACAAUUAUUGUGACGUAUCUACUUUCCACUGAGCUGCGCUAUGAAGAAUUUAGCUUUGAUAAUAUUUUCCAUCAUUUUGGUGUUGAAGCUCAGCAACUCGCUUAAAAUCGACUGCGACAAUCCCGAGUCGAUUAAGGAGGAUCGCAUACACUAUUGCUGCAAACAUCCCGAUGGCUAUCAAGAGGUCAUAGACUCCUGUGCCAAGGAGACAGGCUUCAAAUACAUCAAACACGAUGAGGAGGCAAUGGUCGAUAUAACGGUUGAUCAUGCCAUAACUGGCACGUGCUUUGGCAAAUGUGUCUUCAAUAAACUGCAAUUCAUGAAAGGCGCUGAUUUGAAUAUGGCUGCGGUACGCACGCACUUCGAGACCAAAUUCAAGACAGACCCUGAAUAUGCAAAGGAAAUGAUUAAUGCAUUUGAUCACUGUCAUGGCAAAUCCGUUGAGAACACCGCGAAAUUCUUAUCCAAUCCAAUCUUCCGCCAACCCAGCGCUGAGUUCUGCGAUCCCAAGCCGGGUGUUAUUCUGGCCUGCGUAAUACGUGAGUUCUUCCACAACUGUCCUGCCGAUCGUUGGGCUAAGACGGAAGAGUGCAACACUGUGUUGGAAUUCAGCAAGAAAUGCAAGGAUGCACUGACGACUAUUUAAAAAGCGGUUAUCGUGGAUCGAAUGUAAAUUGGAAUAAUGAAAAAUAAAAAUUGAUCGCCUGAGAAAUUUGAGUUAGAAGAUGACAUCCAAAUUUUAUUCUAGAAGGGUUAAGGUUAUAAAUAUUAACGCACACAUUUUUUGUAGCUGUAAACUAGAAUUCUUCUAUACAUUCUUCACUAAUAAAUGUUUUGGCUCUUUUGAUAAAUUGAUUUUUAAUUACACCUC